AUGGUAGCCACAGAGCCAGAAUAUCAUCGCAUCCUCUCUGAGCCCCUUCGAAGCUGGAUCUCUGACUCAGCAGACUACAGCACUCCCGUUGGGUUGCUUGCCUGCCAGCGCAACCCACUGCUGCGAAAGAACACCGCCUUUGUAAUCUCAAGUACUCUGUCCGCUCCUCCUCCCCCACCAAAGGGGAAACAAAACAAGAAAUCGGUUAUCGCGCCGACCCUACCGACUGGUGUACCUGUUCUCGAAGUGAUCCUGAGCGACACUGUCCUUUUUCCAGAGGGUGGUGGGCAACCGACAGAUACUGGCAUAUUUCGCACUCAGGACGGUUCCGUUUGGCCCGUUCUGAAGGUCCUGCGUCAAGGAGGAACAGCAGUCCACUAUGUCCAGCAUGUUGGUGACCAGACCCCCGAAGAAGCCCUUCAAAAAUACUUCGCAGCAGGCGUCAAGAUAGAGGUUGAGCUUGACAAUGGGGGUUGGGAACGACGAACAGACCAUAUGACGCUCCACACGUCGCAGCAUUUGCUAUCGGCACUUCUCGACACAAAAUUACAGCUCCCCACAUUGUCAUGGUCACUCACUAGCUCUGGGCCAUGCUACGUGGAAAUUCCUCGGGGGAUGACCACAGAGGAGAUUUUAAUGAUACAGAAUGAAGCCAAUCGACUUGUGUUUGAGGGAACAAAGGUUCAUAUUGAAGUUCAAGAACUCGAUCGUACUGCCAUCGCACCAGUCGAGAAGACUGAAAAUGGUCGCGCUGUUGGAAGAGGACUACCCGAAGAUUACACGGGUGGGGUACAUCGUGUUGUCCAUAUUGCCGGUGUCGAUAUCAACCCUUGUUGCGGCACACACUUGCCCAGCCUGAAUAAUCUCCAAUUGUUCAUUCUCCCUCACACCGAUGCCUUGUCUCGAUCGGCGACUACCGUAGCUCGGCUUUACUUUCUGGCUGGACCGCGUUUGAUCAAUCAUCUAACUUCAACGCAUAAUUCUUUGGCAUCGACAGCAGCCCUUUUGUCUUGUGGGCUACCUCAGGUUCCUGAGCGUGUCGCGCAGGUCGUAGACGACCGUAAAAGCGUGACAAAACGAUCGGAGGAUCUGGAGCUAGAGCUAGCGAAAUUCAUCGCCACUGAGAUUUCUUCUGAGAUGGACAAGACAAGUCCUGGGGGCCUUUUCAGGAAACAUGUCCAUCGGCUGGACGACUCUCCUAGUGCACUCGCUUUUCUGACUGCCAUUGCAUCUGCUUUGGCAGAUUUGGCAGCCAAGUCUUCUCUCAAGCAAUCGUACAUCUUGGUGUUGUCUUCGAGUCCAAGUUCUCCAGCUCUAACGGGCACCAAUGUUGUUCUUGUGCUGGGGAGUGAUGACGCCCGAGUCAAGAUAGUGGGUGAUGGACUUAAAUCGACCCUAGGUGUCAAAGGAGGGGGCAAGGGGUCGCGAUGGAGCGGCAAACUAGUAGGCACAUGGAAGGCAAAGGAGGACGCUGUUGUAGAAGAGAUUCUCGAGAAAGUGUCGUAG